UGUGCGGAUCGCGCAACAACCGAGCCGCCUCCUGCUGGCGCCGACCACCACAGCGGGGAGCGCGACAGCGGCGGCGGCGUCACGUCCCAGCUGAAGCAGCGGACGCCGCUCUGACGGCGCCCCGUCACAGCCGCACCAACAGGAGGGAGAACAUCGGUCGCGGAGGCGGAGGCGGCGGGGGCGGCGCCAUGAACUGCUCGGAUAUCGCGGCCGCCGCCCUCCCCAGCCACGCCAACACCAGCCCCAACGCCUGUCUGGAGCUCAACAUCCGCGCCGUCAAUGGCUCCGACGAAGGCAUCUACGACGUGCCGGCGGCUGUGGUGGCGCUGCUGUCGCUGUGCUACGGCUCCAUCUCGGUGCUGGCCGUGGUGGGCAACGCGCUCGUCAUGUGGAUCGUAGCCACGUCGCGCCGCAUGCAGAACGUCACCAACUGCUUCAUCGCCAACCUGGCGCUCGCCGACAUCGUCAUCGGCCUCUUCGCCAUCCCCUUCCAGUUCCAGGCGGCGCUGCUGCAGCGCUGGAACCUGCCGCACUUCAUGUGCGCCUUCUGCCCCUUCGUGCAGGUGCUCAGCGUCAACGUCAGCAUCUUCACGCUCACCGCCAUCGCCGUGGAUCGUCACCGGGCCAUCCUCAACCCACUCAGUGCGAGGCCCACCAAACUGCGCGCGCGGCUCAGCAUCGCGGCCAUCUGGUGCCUCAGCGCCGCCCUCGCCGCCCCCAUGGCCGCCGCCCUCAGGGUCACCAUCGUCACCGAGAAGAUCGGUGAGCAGUGGGUGUCGAAGCCGUUCUGCGUGAACGUGCACCUGUCUAACAAGGCGAUGAUGUCGUACCGGAUGGUGCUGUUCCUGGUGCAGUACCUCAUCCCGCUGUGCGUCAUCACGUACGUGUACUCGCGCAUGGCGCUACGCCUCUGGGGCUCCAAGGCGCCGGGCAACGCGCAGGAUCUGAGGGACGCCACGCUGAUGAAGAACAAGAAGCGGGUAAUCAAGAUGCUCGUCAUCGUGGUCGCCCUUUUCGCUCUCUGCUGGCUGCCAUUGCAGACGUACAACGUACUGCAAGACGUAUUGCCGUACAUCAACGAGUACCACUAUAUCAACAUCAUCUUCUUCAGUUGUGACUGGCUGGCCAUGAGCAACAGUUGCUAUAACCCGUUCAUCUACGGAAUUUACAACGAGAAGUUCAAGCGCGAGUUCCGGCAGCGCUUCCCGUGGAAGAAGAGUGCGUGCUCAGCUUCGCCCGUCACAGAGACGGAAGACCUGGACGGCUGCGGGGGCGGCAGCGGUGGCGGUGGCGGCGGCGGUGGGGGCGCGCUGUGCUCCACACGCAGCUCUCUGCGUGUCCCGAACUGCACCCCGGGCGGCUACGACUGGAGACGUGCGUACAGCGCCGCCCCCGUGCGGCAGCAGCCCUCGGCCAGUCAGCACGACGCAGUUUCAGGUUUGCUCCGGGGGUCGGCGUCUCGUCGUGUGGCGUGUCCUGUUGGUGGUGGCGGUGGCGGCGGCGGCGGCGGCGGCGGCGGCGGUGGUGGUGGUUGCUGCGAGCAGGCUGGCCAACCGCAGAACGGACACUUGGGCGGCCGGGACACGGAGCUGUUCGUGUUCGGCGGCGCCAGGAGCAGGCACCACCACAGGCACCACCUGUUCGGCAGUCGCGAGGAGCUCUGCUCGCUCUAAAGACGUCUGAACCCAGUGUUUCUUUGUGAGAUUGUACGACAGUGUCGGUUCCAAGCCUACAUAAUCAACCAAGAGGAGCUAGUCUGAUCAUCAUGUAGGUCCUCAAACAGCUGUGGAAAACGAAAAUUUCUGCUUCUGGAGAGACUCAGUCAGUGAACAGGAAAAUCAGUCGUCCUGUGCAUUGAACAACAACAACAACAAAAACGGAAUCACUCGCACCCAUCUUCUGCAAACUGUGAAUUUAAUAUUAUUCUAUGAAAGACUUUCUCAUAAUAAUUGCUGGAUGUGAUCCCACAAUACUUGAUAAUAGUGAAGGAGUGUACUCCAACUGAAAUAUUUGAAACAAAUGGUUUCCUUUCGGAGACUUAAUACAUAUGUAUAUAGAAAUCUUUUAUAUUAUGAAGUUUCAUUAUAUUACA